AUGGGCAAAUGGGAGUAUUGCUGGGAGGAGGCUCGGAAGUGGCAAGAGGAUUUGAAGGAGGGAAGGGAGAGGGAGGAGGGUGAAGAGGCGAUGGGGCUUGAUCUCUGGACACCUGCUGCUGCUGCUGGUGCUGGUGCUGGUGGUGCUGCUGGUGGUGGUGCUGCUGCUGGUGGUGCUGGUGCUGGUGCUGGUGGUGCUGCUGCUGGUGCUGGUGGUGGUGCUGGUGGUGGUGGUGCUGGUGGUGGUGGUGGUGCUGCUGCUGCUGCUGGAGCUGUGGCUGCUGGUGCUGCUGGUGCUAUCGGCAGCGCAGGGUGGAAAGGCAACGGAUGCAAGGGAGCACCCAUGGGAGGAUACUGCUGA